CAUUUAAAUAUUUCCCACAACGGUAUACAUCACAUGGCGCCGAUUAAGAUUUUGAAAAACGCCACAGACUGGAUUGUCUCUUCUGACAUCACUUCCAUUGUCUCUCCUCUUGUUUCUGCCUCUAUUAAUUAGAUUCCAAAUUUACAUGUUUAUAUAAUUCCUGAACUUGAUAAGCUGCAAAUUAGAGUUUGUGUAAGCUAGCUAGAUAAUGGGGAAUUGCUCUCUAAAAGGGGUGGCCGGAGACUUUCCUAAUAAAAUCCGGUUAUUCACACGUUCCGGUGACAUCAUAGAGCUCAAAGGUCCUAAACUAGCCAAAGAUGUCCUCAGUGAGUUUCCGGGUUUUGGCAUUUUUAGACAGGGAAAUGCGACGACGUCGUCUCCUUUGCCUACGUACGAGUACUUAAUUGGUGGGCAAUUUUACUAUCUUCUUCCUCUUGAAGGAAUGCCGAUAAUGUUACGUGAUACUGGCGUUGCUAAUGAUCAAGUUUGUGAGAUGGACUUCGCAAAGAAAGAAAAUGUGGGUUUGACCGAGUCACCGGAGAUGUCGUCCUGGAAAAGAUUGGAUCUUGGAAAGGAAAAGGUGAACGGGCCGAUGCCAGGUCCGGCUCUUCAAGUGUUACCGUCGCAACGGAAUGGAGUUUGGAAAGUGAAGUUGGUGAUCAAUCCAAAGCAACUGGAGGAAAUUUUAUCAGAGGAAGAGAAUACUGAAGCUUUGAUCGAAAAGAUGAGAAUGGCUGCUGCUGCAAAUUCAGCAAGUUUGGCACCUAGGCGGAGCAAGAGCACUUGGAAGCCUUGUCUCUCUAAUGUGUUCAAGGUUUCUCCCAUUGAUGGAGCCAAAUAAAAGCUAGCUAUUAGCUAAUUAAUACUAGUAUACCAACUAGAUAGAGUUAUCUUCUAGUGUAAUAUUAUCAUGUAAAUAUGGAAAAUUAACGACCUGGUAGUUGUAACAAAUAACCAUAUGCUUAUGCUUAUAAGCCUUUUAUAAAAUUUUCUUUUUUCUAACAA